AUGGGACAGCCUGGCCUCCCUGUUCCCCAGCGAGGAGGAAGAGAGGAAAGGUGGGUGCAGGGCCCAUUGACACGGGGCGGGGUGGGGGGUCCCGAGGCGGCGGGGGUGGCUGCUGCCCAGCAGGGGGGCUACGAGAUCCCCGCGCGCCUGCGCACUCUGCACAACCUGGUGAUCCAGUACGCGGGCCAGGGCCGCUACGAGGUGGCCGUGCCCCUGUGUCGCCAGGCCCUGGAGGACCUGGAGCGCAGCUCGGGCCACUGCCACCCCGAUGUGGCCACCAUGCUCAACAUCCUGGCGCUGGUAUACCGGGACCAGAACAAAUACAAAGAGGCCACAGAGCUCCUCCACGACGCCCUGCACAUCCGGGAGCAGACACUGGGCGCCGAGCACCCCGCGGUGGCCGCCACCCUCAACAACCUGGCCGUCCUGUAUGGGAAGCGCGGCCGCUACCGCGAGGCGGAGCCCCUGUGUCAGCGCGCCCUGGAGAUCCGGGAGAAGGUCCUGGGUGCUGACCAUCCGGACGUGGCCAAGCAGCUCAACAACCUGGCGCUGCUGUGCCAGAACCAGGGCAAGUUCGAGGACGUGGAGCGGCACUACGCCCGGGCCCUGAGCAUCUACGAGGCUCUGGGGGGCCCCCACGACCCCAACGCGGCCAAGACCAAGAAUAACCUGGCCUCCGCCUACCUGAAGCAGGGCAAGUAUGAGCAGGCUGAGGCACUGUACAAGGAGAUCCUGGGCCCGGAAGGCCUGCCCGCCUCCCUAGGAACCCCCAGCACAGGCACAGCUGGUGAUGCAGAGCAGCAGGCCUUCCGACGGAGCAGCUCCUUCUCCAAGCUCCGGGAGUCCAUCAAGCGAGGGAGUGAGAAGCUGGUCUCCCGCCUCCGUGGUGACAGCAUGGCGGGCGUGGCGGGGAUGAAGAGGGCCAUGUCGCUCAGCACGCUCAAUGUGGACAGCCCUGGGGCUGCCAGGACGCAGCUUCCCGCCCGGCACCUGAGCGCCAGCAUCCAGGACCUGAGCCCGCGCUAGGUGGACCGCACUGCAGCUGCAACGACCCGCAAAGUUGGGGUGGGGGCAGAGGCUGGCAAUUAAAGGCUGCGACCACACUCGGCGUGUCUGUCACCUGGGGG